AUGAGUAUAAAGUAAGUUCAUCCAACAAAUGAAGGGGAAGAAUAGAAUGAAUUCAAAAAGGGACUACAGUAAUAGAUUAGUUAUAAAAUUGUUUAGCUCAGUUUAGACUUUCAAUGAUCUUCGUAGAAAAAGAGUAUAGGUUCGAGAAGCGACAUUAAUUUUAUCUCCGAAACUGUAGAAUUUCAUUUCAUUAAUUUAGCUAAUAAUAUUAGAAUAUGUUACCAAAAAUAAGUUAGUUUACAAGUUAAGAUUAAAUUAUGGAGGAAGAAGAUGUUUUGGUUUUAGAUGGCUUUAAAAUUAAAUUUAAUAGGGCCAUCAGAAGAUUAUUAAUCAUUCUAAACUUUUCCAGAAUGAUCACUUAUUUUUAAAAAUAGAAACAUAAUAAGAAUGUUACUUAAAAUUCAAUUUAAAAAUAAGUUAUUCCCUUUCUUCCUCAUCUUAAAUUUAUUCGUUUGUGGAGAGAGAUGAUGAAUUUUAAUACUGUAAUUGCAAACCUUGUUUAUCCCAUAUAUAUUACAUAUUCAGAAUUUGAUUCUUAUGUAUAAUAAUCUUUUAUAAUAGGAUUUUAUAACCAUAGUUACAUUUAUUAUAGAUUUUUUAUUCUUUGUUGAUAUAAUAUUUGAAUAGAUGAUAUGUCAAAUAGAUAAUAACAAUAUUCUCCUAAAAACAUUUUCAUCAAUAUUUAUUCAUAAUUUAACUGGAUGGUUAAUUUUUGAUAUUUUAACAAUCUUACCAUACAAAUUAUUUGUAAAAAAGAUGGAAGAUUCUUUCUAAUUAAGAGACUAUUUUAAUUUGUUCAAAUUAAUAAGAGUGUUUAAAUAUUUCACUAAAACUGAUAGAAAAAUUCUUUAUCAUUCAGCAGAUCCUAAAAAGACAGAAAUUUCAAUUUAAAAUGAAUUAUCUUUUUUUGAUUAUUUUUCAUUAAUUGAUGCUAAAGUUUUAAGUGUAUUAAAUAUUUUCAAAAAUAUGUUAAUACUUAUAAGUGCUUUUGGUUGUUUAUGGCAUUAUGUAUAAUAUUAUGAAGGAAUCUCUUUUAAUGAAGAUUAUGAUAAUUGGACUUCAUAUAUUGAUGGACUCUUUUGGGCUAUUUAAACAGUUACUGUAGUUGGAUAUGGAAAUGUCUCAAUUUCUACUUCUAUGUAAUAUAAUCUUGUGAUCAUUUGGCUCUUAAUUGGAGUAGGAUUCUAUUCUUUUACUAUUGGUAAUCUAGCUCAAAUCUUAGAAUAAUAAACAUCAGCUGAAAUAUAAAAAGAAAACUUAGAAGAUUUAGAAAAUCUAAUGGAUUCUAUCAUUAUCCCAGAAUGGUUAUAAAAUCAAGUCUCGAACUUUCUAACUUAUAAUCUAGAAAACAACUCUUUUUGGAAUUACAGAAAGUAUAUUUUAACUAUAAUAAUUAGAGAAUAAUAGACUCUUUGCCAGGAUAACUUAAAAAAUAUACAAUUUGUUUUUCUUAAUAGUAAUUAGUUGUAAAUACUAAUCUAUUUAAAUUGGAUAUUAAUAUAGCCUCAAAGUUAUUGCCCUAUAUGACUAUUUUCUAUUAUUAGAAAUAUGAAACUAUUUAUUACAUUGGAUCUCCUAGUAUGGACAUCUUUUUUCUAAUUACAGGAGAAGUAUAAUUGGUUUAAGAUAAUUUUAGGUGAGAUUGUGUGAUGAAUAAGGUCGAAGUCUCUUAAAUAUCAUAGAAGGCAGUAUCUUUGGUGAAAUGGAAAUAUUAGAUCAAGUUAAUAGAAAAUAAAGUGCUAUUGCCUCCAAAAAUUCUAUUGUAAUCAUUUUUCCAGUUUAGAUAUUUCUUGAUAUUAUUUAAACAGAUGAGAAUUUGUCUUUUGAAAUUGAAUAAUUAGGUUUGAGAAGAAAAAUUCUCAUUAAGGAAAGUCAUAUCAGAAUGAGAUGUAAUUAUUUUAUUUUAUUUCCUUAGAAAAUCAAAAGGUUAGAAGAGUAAGUUGUAUUAGUUACAAAGAAUAACGUAAACCUACAGAUAUUAGUAAAAAUAUUAUGGAAAAAGAAUUUAAAUCCAGAAUUUCAAAAGAACCUUUUUAGUUCAUUUAAACUAGACUACUAAAAUAUAUUUUUGGAAGAAAUUAAGAAAGAAAAUGGAGAUUAUUUCAUAAAUUUAGAGAUGUUGUAUAAAAAGUUAUGAAGUUUAAUAAAUAAAAGAGGGAACUUAAUAAAAGAAGAAGAGAAAGUUUCUUAGGAUUAAAAAUGAUAAAUAACUUUAAAGUAACUACUGAAAAAGAAUAAUUUAUAAUUAAAUAAAUAUUUAAAUUAUAAAAAUAAAAAAGACAAUUAAUGAAAACUUUAAAAUAAAUAAUUAACCAUGUUAAAUCAGGAAUUUAAGCACCUAUGCUUAUAACACCUUCACCUUAUUUUUAUUGUUUAUUAAAGGAAUAGAAACAAUUAAUUUUAGAAAAAAAAGAACUCGAAAAUUAAAACAAAUUUCAAAAACAAUAAAAGAUUAAAAAAAUUAAUCCUUAUUAUUAAUUAAGAUAAUUAAAUGAUUUUUGGAGUAAGCUACAAAAUGAAUUAAUUUCAUAUAAAAAUAUAAGAGGAGAACUAAGAUAUUAAUAAAUGGAAGUGGAUGGAAUAUAUUUUGAAAUUUAAGGUUUAAUUAAAUCUAUUAUGUGA